AUGUCGCUCAAUCUCCACCGAUUACAAGCCCUAGCCGAUGAUACAAAGUCGUCGCCACCAUGGACCGCCCCAAAUUUCUCUAAAAGUCAUCUUCCAGUACCUUCAUCCACCCAUUUCUGCUUUCGAAGUCCUGGUUUACGUCUCCAAGCUACCCGUCGUCCUCCUAGUUAUCCUCAGGAAGGUGAGAAUUCGGCGGCGGAUCCUAGGAUAUGGAAUCGGAACCGUAAUGAUAUGACUUUCUUCGGAGAUUACGAUGAAGACGAUGACGAAGAUGAUGAGGAGGAGGAGGAAGAUGACAGGAGCAUGGAUCUUCUGAUUAGGUUUGUUGAGAACGUGUUUAAGAAGAUAUCUAAGCGAGCUCGCAAAGCCGUUCGAUCCGUUCUUCCUAUCAAUAUCCCCACCAAAUUGGUACUGAUUUGCAUUUCUCAAGUUAUCAAUUUGAUCCAAUUCGUAGACAACCAGUUGCCUAAGGCUAACCCUUCCCUUUACCGUAACCUUCAUUUAAGAAUGGAACAUGGGAGGAUGUUAAGAAGAUUGUGUCAACACUUAAUCCUGAAUUUCAAAUCGCUUACCAAAAUUGUUGGGUUAAUAAAGGAGGUGCACUCACUGGUGAAAUUAGUGCAAAGACACUUGUGA